GUUCUGAAUUUGUGUGCUACUUUUCAUUUCAUACAAAAUUUCUCUUGUCCAAAUAUUACGGUAUCUCCAUUGUUGAGUCGACGAAAGCACAUGUUACGUUCGUAGAAAGCAAAGUCCGCUUCUGUAAUAUUUAAGCUUUCGAGAUGCCACUUGUUUAAAACAAUAUGAAUUAGUAUUAAAAUAUUUAUACGUUUUUCUUUAUAUUUUUAGGCACCAUAAUGAUUAACCUUUUGCGAGACACGUUGAUAAAGUUUAAUCACAUAGAGUCCAUGAAAAGCUGAAAUAAAAAUUUCCAGAUUCAGUAAGUGCAAUAUUUUUUUUCUCUUAUUAUUUAUAGAGGCACAGUGCUAGCGUUGCGUUUUUUGAAAAAAAUUUGUAUUUGUAAUUAUACCUGCUUAGGAAACUCCACAUGUCUCGCGAAAAAUCAAAUUUAUUGAUUUCAGAAAAAAAUUAUGAUAUAAAUAUUCGCAUAUUAAAUGCAGUCUUUAAAAAAGUAACGCACAAAUGUGAUUACAGUCGCAGAAACUUACAGACGAACAAUAACGAGAAAAAUCAUAAAUAAUAAAUGUCUAUAACAGUUAUAUUCAAAUUUGUAGGAAACACGUCCCCGAAAAUCGGACGAAAACGUCAUCGGUAGUGGUUUCGACUUCGUUCGCCCCACUUAUCACUUCUUCAUGCCGGUUGCUUCCUCUCUGAGGUAUCAGUGCGAAUCAGUCAUGAAUCGUAGACUGUGACGGACUGUGUACAGUUGAAUAUCACUUGCUCUUUGUAUAACAAGAUUGAUUUUCUUGAAGGCUCGAGCGAUGUUGGUAGAGAUAAUAAUAAAGUACGCCUUGUUUCUUCUCCGCUGUUUACUCGGCCCGUUUUACAAGCUGCAAAGUUUGAAGAAGAGACGACGAUGCCCGCCAAUCGUGGAUCGAAUCUUGCUGCUGUCAGCGACGGAAAUCGCGCAGAAAAUCCGCAAAAAAGAAAUCAGUUCCGAGGAAGUGAUUACCGCGUAUGUGAAGCGAUGCAAGGAGGUGAAUCCGUUGAUUAACGCUAUCGUAGAAGAUCGUUUUGAUGUGGCAAUUCAAGAGGCACGUGAAAUUGAUAAUUUUUUGCAAUCGACAAUUAUAGACGAGGAGAAAAUCGCGAGCGAGAAACCGCUGCUCGGACUCCCUGUCACGAUUAAGGAAAGCAUAGCAGUUCAAGGAAUGAGUUAUACUGUGGGAGUGAAAGACGAUCCCUCGAAAGCGACAAAAGAUGCCGACGUUGUGGCGAGGAUCCGCAAAGCCGGUGGAAUUCCUCUUCUUGUCAGUAAUACUCCAGAAUUGUGCAUGUGGUGGCACACAUUUAACAAAGUGACCGGCACCACCAGGAAUCCUUACGACACACGAAAGUCCCCCGGUGGUUCCUCCGGUGGUGAGGCUGCUCUUGUCGGCUCUGGUGCUUCGAUUCUCAGCUUGGUUUCAGACAUCGGUGGAUCGGCCAGGCUUCCAGCACUGUUUUGCGGCGUUUUUGGCCAUAAACCCACACCAACUUGGAUAUCGGUAGAAGGUCAUAAACCUGGUUCAAGUGAUAAAAAUUGGCCUUUAUUUUUUGCGAUUGGUUCAAUGGUUCGAUAUGCCACAGACCUGCCUCUCUUAUUAUCGGUGAUGUCACAAUCGGAUGAAGCCAAGAUUACUUUUAACAGAAAGGUAUGUCUAAAGGACAUGAGAUUUUUCUACAUGGAUAAUUAUGGCCCGAUGCCACCUUCUAUGACAGCGGAUGUAAAAAAUUCAAUUUAUAAACUGGUGCAAUACUUGGAGACAAUAGGUAUCAAAGUGCAACAUGUAAAUUUGGAAAGCAUGAAAUGGUCUUUUCGAUUAAGCUGUAUUAUGCUUUUGAGGAUCAAAGGGGUAUAUUCAAUGUUUAACCGCUCAGAUAAUCCUAAGAAAUCGAAAAAGGUGCUCACAGAAACGUUGAAAUAUCUUUUCUGCAUGUCCCCACACUCUUUUCCAGCUAUUUUUUAUGGGAUAACAAAAACCAUUGCCGAUAGUUUUCCGGAAUCCACUUAUAAGAAAAUGAUGGCGUUAAGGACGCGAUUGAAAAAGCAAUUUGAGGAACUACUGGGCAAUGACGGCGUUUUAAUUUGUCCAUCUUUUAGCUCGUCAGCGAUUUAUCCUCAGGAAAGUGUGUAUAACAUAAACAAUUGUCCAUACAUGAUGAUCUUCAAUGUCCUGGGAUUUCCAGUCACGCAGUGUCCACUUGGUUUUGACAAAAAUCAAAUGCCAAUUGGACUUCAGAUCGCUGCAAAUCCAGGUUGUGACCAUUUGACGAUUGCUGUAGCACAAGAAAUUGAAAGAACAUUCGGCGGCUGGCGAGCACCACAGGACAAAAAAAUUCAUCUGUGACAUGGCAUAAUUUACAAUACAGUGCAUCGUCGAUCUUGCCUCUUCAAUUGAAAUUGUAAUCUAGCAGAAAUUUUUCGAAAAUCAAUUUUUCAAAUUAUUUGUUAAUUUUAUCAAAUGAUAUAUGACAGAACUUUUGAAGAACUUUAAUAGAAGCUGUUACCUCUUCAUUUUAUUACCAAUAAUGUAAUGUUGGCAUGAACUCAAGUAGAACACAUUAUUUUACUUCUGCAGAAGUUGUAAUUAAGAAACAUUUAUUAUCAUAAUAUUAUCAGUCGAGAUAAUAAUAUCAUAAUUUUAUAUGCACUUGUAAGUGACAAAGAUACUUGCUUAAGUCGUGAUUAUGUUAUAACUUUACGUUUUAUAUAUGGAGUGAUACAAAAUGUAGUUAAACACAGUAUUUUAUGAUUGUGUCGACUUGUAUCAUGGAAAACACUAGAUCAUACACACUCGUAUUACAAUAUCACCUGCAUACAUCGCUAAAAAGCAUACAAUGUAUAUUUUUAUACUAAAAUGUACUAGUUUAGUAAACAAUAAAUAAAUAUAUUUCUCACAAUUAAAGGUAAAAAA